AUGAAGCGAAUUCUAGCAUUUAUCUCGCUCCUGCCUGGGUUCGCUUGUUCUGCAUUUCUUCGCGGCAACGCAGUGGAUGUUGACUCUCUGGACCCUUUAGGAAAGAGCGCACUCGCUUUCCCAAAGUCGGGCCAUUAUAACGGAUGGGGGACAUUCAACCAACUGAUCGACCACUCAGACCCCAGUCUAGGCACGUUCAGACAGAGAUACUGGUACAGCACCCAGUAUUGGAAUGGUCCCGGAUCCCCUGUCGUCCUCGUCAAUUCCGGCGAAAGGAGUGCUGAGGGGACAGACCGAGUAUACCUCAGCGAUGCCAUGCUGCCAGGUCUCUUCGCCAAAGAGCUAGGCGCGGCGGUCAUUCUCAUGGAACAUCGAUAUUGGGGACGGUCCUCCCCUUUUGGCACGUUAACCUCCGAAAACUUGAAGUACCUCACCCUCGACAACAGCCUGAAAGACAUCAUCAACUUCGCCCAAACGUGGGUGCCCGAUUUCGAUCCGAGCGGGAGCAGCUCGCCGCAGCGCGCACCUUGGAUAUACACGGGGGGUUCCUACGCUGGGGCCUUGGCCAGCUGGCUCGCGUCGUUGUAUCCUGGGACCUUCUGGGCUUACCACGGCAGCAGCAGCGUCGUGCAGAAUAUCGGUAACUUCUGGCAGUAUCAUCGCCCUAUUCAGGAAGCGACACCGCAAAACUGUAGCAGGGAUCUCGGCCGGGUGAUCGACUACAUCGACGAUACGCUCUUGAACGGAACAGAGGAAGAGAAGCUGUUCUUGAAGGCCAAGUUUAAGUUGGAGGACCUCCAGGAUGCUGACUUUGCAGCUGCGAUCGCAAGCGGACCGUGGCUGUGGCAGAGAACACAUUUCUCGGACCAAAGACAGAAGGGUUUCAACAAAUAUCAUAAGUUCUGUGAUUACAUCGAGGUGUGUUCUCUUGGAACAUUCAUUUUGACGCUGGCUGAAGUGAUCUCACUGACUUGGAUUGAAGAAUUCUGCCUCAUGGCUUACCUGGACAGUCCCAGGACCCUCGGGGGUUGGGCUGGAAAAGGCGCUUCAGGGCUAUGCUCGGUGGUUUACACAAAUUGCGAGAGAGAAGCUGGCUAUGAAGGCUGGAAGGGAAGGUUCAACACUGGCUGCUUUGAUAGCCUCAAUCCAUCUAACCCUGCCUACCGCGACCUCACGGUCAAUAACUGGGCCAACCGUCAAUGGAACUGGAUGCUAUGCAAUGAGCCAUUUAAAUGGUGGCAGAAUGGCGCACCGGAGGGCACACCGACCAUCGUCUCAAGACUGCUGGACAGUGAGUACUGGGAGUCACUUUGUCCCCUCUAUUUCCCCGAGGGGGGCUACGGCAUCCAGAGGAAUAUGACGGUAGACAAAAUAAACGAGUGGACGGGCGGCUGGACCGUCCACCCCAUCAAGCGCCUGCUCGAGUCGAACGGCCAGUUUGACCCGUGGCGAGAUGCGACCGUGAGCGCGGUCGAUCGGCCUGGAGGUCCUAUGGCAAGCACUCCAGACCACCCGGUCAUUUUGAUGCCUGGCGGUGUUCACUGUUCGGAUUAUUAUAAAAGAGAUUGGGACAAUAAUCCCGAAGUCAAGCGCACCGUUGACAAGGAGAUCGGGAUCAUGAGAAGAUGGGUACGCGACUUUUAUGAGGAUGGUGGAGAGGCAAAUGGGCAUCCAGAUGAGCAAAUGAGUGGGCAGACGCAGAACAACGGGCAAACAAAUGGACAGGCAGGUGGGCUAUUAUUUGGCCAAAUAGUUGGGCAGAUCGGGGAUUUACGAAGAUGA